AUGGAGUUCAACCCCAUUACCCCCUCCACUUCUGAUGAAGACCUCCCUUUCCCGAUGGAUAUUGACACUCUAACCUAUGGGUUCAUUCCAGGAAUCCCUAUUCUCGAGGAUCACCCAUCUCCCCCUCUCAUCAAUAUCCAUGCGUUGCUUGCCUCCUACCUCGCAGCAUACAUGGAGCCGGUCGAAGCGAAGGCUACCCAGCUGGAACGCGGCAAAGCACUGGCAUCUGCAUUGGCUUCUCACUACUAUCCUGAAGCUCAAGGGUUCUCCGUCCAGGACAAGAACUUCGUCAUGGCAAAGUUUGGCUGGUCCUUCGAGCUAGACGGCAAGAGAAACACGGCGCCGUUUCAUCUGGUCCAGCCAGAGCACAUUGGAGGCUUCGUGGUCAACAAGAAGCAGGUCGUCGAAUUCAGCGAUGGAUCAAUUCAAGAGGUCGUCUAUCCUCACACGUAUAUCUGCAUCAUGGCUGACGACCUCGCAACCCGCGAGCACUGGUUGAAUAGGUCUCACCUCUGCCGUGGGGACAUCAUGUCCCUCCCGCUCGGCUUCGAGGCUAACAUCAAGAAGGGCCACUGCGUUCUCAUCAUCGGCACGCAGAUGGAGUUCUACCAGUUCGACGCCGACGACGGACGGAUGCCAAUCCGGCCCUGGCCCGUCGACGAGAAGAACAAGAAGUACAGGCAGAACUGGAGCCUGGACUUGACAAAGUGGAGCAUGGAUGUAGCCGACAUCUGGUGGACUUGGCUAGCGGAGAGCAAGGUCACGUAUCAGAAUGGAUACGUCGCAGAGGGUUCUGAGUUCGAGCGCGUCGUUGGUGCAUAGAGGGAAUUUCCCUGGACGACCUGCAGGAUUGGAGAGCUGCCAGAUGUAUCUGGGCUUUUGCGAAUGUGUUCAGGAAUGAUUAAGAUUGGGCUGUGUCAAUUAGGACUCACAUCGAGACAGGCACGGUGUUGAGGUUAUUGAGACCUCGAUCUCAUGGAUUCAGGCUUUAC